AUGUCCUCCGUCGAACAACAACUCACCGCCAUGCAGGAACAAAUGGCUACUCUCCAAGCUCAAUUGGCCCAGGUUAUCAAUCCCACUCCUAUGCAGUCAGAAGAUAAUACUGCCCCUCCUACCCUACAUUCACUCAGCACCCGUCCUCAUUAUGAAUGGACACCAUCCGAGGCCCAGUUGGAAUACCGUUCCCGGGCUAUCGUUCCAUCUGCCGAACAAAUAAUAAAUAAGGGCCAAAAGAUCGAAGACAACUCUCUGAAGCACCUUCAAUAUCAGACAUCAGCUAUCCUCCGCCCUCUGGACGUCCUUGCCAAUGAGAUGAUCACUCACGACGGCAACAAUGCCAAUUUGGAACGCUUCUGUGCCAUGUUAGCAGAAAUGCGCAGUCUUGUGGUAGAUCUCUGCUCUACGAUCACUCAAGCUCGUAUCAACAUUGCUUACCGGGCAGUUAAUCCUUCUUUUUCGGUAAAGGCAGAAUCGGAUGUCGGAUAUAUUGUGCCUGUUGUGCCAGAAGGGCUACAACUGUCUAUAAAGAUUAAGGUAUUCUUGAUGGGUAGAUAUGUCUGUGUUGUGCAACAACAUGGACAAGCUAUGAUAAGUGAAGUGCAUCUCAGCUAUCUAAAUACCGAGGUUCACCAGAUGUGA